AUGGCCGGACUAGAGGAAGAGAUCUACAAGGCGGCUUUUCCGGACUUUGAAUGGCUCAAUGGCAUAUUUCGAAACCUAGAGGUUCAGGUAUGCUGCAAGCAAGACAGGACUCUAGGGAAGAAGUUCCCAACAAUCCUGUUUGGUCCAGGCCACAAUACUACUCGCACGCUGUAUACAGGAACAGCACAGCAAAUCGCCAGCAUAGGCUACGAAAUAGUGGUAAUUGACCACCCGUACGAAACAGAUAUAGUGCAAUUCCCCAACGGCGAUAUUAUAUUCGGCGGCAGGGUGGGAUCAAAUCCCGACGACAAGGAGGAUAUUGUUCUUGGCCUGGAUAUCCGAGCAAAAGACGUUGCGUUCAUCUUGGACACUCUCAAGCUAAAUAGAACCGUCUACAUGGGCCAUUCAUACGGUGGUGCUUCAGCAGCCCACACAUUACCCAAAGAUUUACGAUUGGUUUCAGGCGUAAAUCUUGAUGGCGCGAUGUGGAGUGACGUGCAAUACACUGGCGUGGACCGUCCCUUUCUUUGCUUUGGCUCGAUCGGCCAUAACUCAAGUUCGGUCGAGGAACCCACCUGGCGGAACUUCUUCCAUGCCAUGGACACAAUUCAUCCGAGCGUGUGGAAGAGGGAAUUGACAAUAAAUGGCUCGGUGCAUGGAAGUUACUACGACUUUCCUAUCAUUGGGGAUAUUACGGGCUUUCGAGAAGGUGCCGAGGCCUUUUUUGGAGAGGUCACGGGGGAAGUAGUGAUGAAAGUCCUCAGGGAGUAUUUGAGCGACUUUGUACAGUUUACUCUACUGGGUGGUGAAGAAGGACUGCUGUCUGGUCCUGAUGACGAUUUUCCAGAGGUGAUUUUCCUCAGGUGA